AUGGCAUCACCAAUAACAACGGAUACAAAGGAGAUUCGUCCUAUCGAUCCUGAUUCUACUUCGCUUCUCUAUGUCAAUCUUCAGGAUAAUCUUGAACCAUUCACCGUCGUUUGGGCUGACACCCAAAUUAAUAAAUCAGAAGACUGUUUAAAGACUCAAGACAAUCUGCAACGUAUUAUCAAUUGCCUCAAAUUAUUUGAUGAUGCUCAGAAAUGUAUUUUAUUUGUCGAAAAUACAUCGAAUGAUGAUAUCAUUUUUCUAAUCGUUUCUGGAGAACUUGGUAACACUAUCCUUGCUUCUCUUCAUGCGCUGCCACAAGUUGCAUACGUUUAUGCUUUCUGUUUUGAGUCUGCAAUUCACGAGCAAUGGACAAAACACUAUGAAAAAAUCCGCGGCGUUUUUACUGAUAAAAAUCUUUUAUUCGAACAAAUUAAAAUGGAUGUCAAAGCUCAGUGUUCUCGAUGGUCUUUCACAACUGAACACACGUUCACUAACCCAUCAAAAUCAACUUUUAGUCGGGUUCCAAAGUAA